AUGGCUGGACGUGCAGAUUGGGUGCGCCAUGCGCUAGAUUUAGUGCUAGAUUCAGGUCGACAAGGCGCUACGGCGAGGGCAGCAACCAUUAACCCCCGCGCCGAAAAUUCGACAACAGCCGCCAUCCCGAAUGAUCCGGAAAGCAUCGCCUACGUCCUGGACCUGAUCAAAAAGUUGCUCCAAGGACGAGUCAUUACAGCAUGCUACAACAUUGCAAUUGUCGUCCUGCUUCUAGGAUUUACAGCUGCUCACUGGCGUCAAACACGUCUUGAUCGGCAGAAAUGGAGACAACGGGUUCAGCAGACCAAAGUGGCGUCGUCCACAACCUCUGGUUCCACAACGCGUCCAUCAAGUCCAGUCAACGAUGGGAAUGAUGAAAACAUCUCUUCAGGAAGCAGUACUAUCGAAGGCACCGCCACUCCACCUGUGUUACCCAAGCCCGAUUAUGACAAUGUCGACAUUGAGCGCCUGCCCCUCCUCCGGUCAAGGGCGAACGGCUCGAGUGGAAAUAAGCUCAGGAAUUCAGGACUGAGGACUAUUUUGAACCGACUCCGUGGAUGGCUGGCCUAUCAACCCGGUCCCAUCCCAGUCAUAAACCGCGCCCUUCCAGCCAACGGGGUCUCUCUGUUUGUGUUGUGCUGGCUCGGAAUCAACGUCUUCUUCCACUUUUAUCGAUGCCCCGUAUCGGGUCCUUACUUCUUUGUGACUGCCGAUCGAGCCGGUUUCAUUUUCAUUGUCAACCUACCUCUUUUAUAUCUCCUGUCGGCAAAGAACCAACCCCUCCGCCUCCUGACCGGUCGCUCAUAUGAGGCCCUCAACAUCUUUCACCGCCGUGUCGGCGAAUUGAUGUGCUUUGAGGCCUUGUUUCACGUGGUUGGCAUGCUGCUUUUCCAGUUUGUCUUGGCACCCGAGUGGUUGAACCCUGUCACCGCAUGGCAGUACUUUACGCACCCCUUGAUCUAUUGGGGCCUGGGAGCCUUUAUACCCUAUCAACUUUUGUACUUUACGUCGCUGGGGACAGUCAGGCAAAAGUGUUACGAGCUGUUUCUCGCCAGCCAUAUUCUGCUGCAGCUUGCCGGGCUGGUGUUUCUCUACUUGCACUUUCCGACCGCAAAGCCCUAUGUACUGAUUGCUGGGGGCAUAUUUAUACUUGACCGGCUGGUCUGGAGAUUGCGUCUCAGAUCCACCACAGUCGACGCAGACGUUGUGGUUCUCGAAGAUGGCCAGACCAUGAUGCUCUCAGCCGAUUGGACAAUAACAUCGACGUCAUCCGUUCGCUUUCUUGGUUCUUGUCUUCCCAAGUGCAUCACCGCAGGCUGGCUCCCAACCGACCACGUCUUCCUUACAAUACCCUCACUGGGUCGCUCGCACACCUUACAAGCGCACCCAUUCACUAUCGCGUCCGCAGCGCCAGGCCACCAGCCGGGACAACACGCCUGGUUGAACCUCCUCAUCCGCACGCACGCCGGCUUCACCAGGGAUCUACUUCGACACGUCCAGGAACGCCAGGAAUCAUCAUCCCUUGUCCCACACCCUUCCACUCCGGUUCGCCUGUCCGCCCGCCUCGACGGCCCAUACGGCUCCUCACAUGCCCUCGACAUGCUACGCGCCUGCGACACGGCCGUUUUAGUGGCCGGCGGGUCGGGCAUUGCGGUCGUGUACCCGCUCGCCGCCGCGCUGCUCUCCGACUCGCCCAGAAAACAACGUGUCCGCCUCUUGUGGGUGACGCGGUCUCGAUCGCAUGCCGACUGGAUCCCCGCCGAGCGGCUGGCUGAGCUUGUCGAUGCUGGGUUGGAGCUGGUGAUCCCGCAGCCGACUGAAGAAGCCGGCCGGCCGGACACGGUGGGGAUUGUGAGGACGUGGAUCGAUAACGACGAGGGCGAGGACGGCAUGGCUGGAGUGGUUGUGUCGGGGCCGGAUAGUAUGAACCGCGAGGUCAGGAAUGCUUGCGCAGAUGCGAUUGGGCGUGGUGCUAACGUGAGGGUUGCUGUUGAGAAGUUUGGGUGGUGA